AUGGGACCAGCAGCUGGUGAGCAGUUGAUUGAGAGGAUCACCUCUAACAAUACUUACUGGUACACUGAGGGGGAUGAUAUACCCAAGAUAGAGAAAGCAGCUGGGAUGUUCGAAGUUGGAGAAAAGAUGGCAAUGCAGGCUCAGUUGGAUACCAUACAACACAUGUUAAAGCAGUUAGUACAGGGUCCUACUCAGAGUGUCCAGGCAGUUGCUCAGCCUCCACUAAUUCCACAGAGUCCUUAUGUUCCUAACCCCUAUUCUGUGCCACAAGUACCUCUUGUAGCCUGUUGUGCAACUUGUGGUGGAAAUCAUGUAGCUCAGACAUGUCCUUUGUUAGACUUCGGUAACCAAGUCCCUCAACCUAAUGUGGAGCAAGUUGAUCUCAUUGGUUAUUCUAGACCACAGGGCCAGGGACAAGGUUAUAGGAGCCAUCAGCAGCAAGGAAGGAAUCAGGUUGUUCCCUCUUGGAACAAUCAGGGAAAUCAAGUGAGAAACAAUCCACCAGGAUUUCAUGGUAACCAAGGGAAUAGGGGUGAAAAUCAAGGCCAGUGGAGAAACAAUCAGAAUUUUGGGCAAAAUAACCAGAAUGUAACUCAAGGGCAGUUCCAGCAAGGAAAUCAGAAUUUUGGGACCACUCAGGGUCAAGGUUCCUCUAGACCAUCUCAGGAUGUUGAUAUACAGCUUCUCAUGAACACUAUGAUGGCUCAGUUUGGCAAGCUACAAGCAGAGAAUCUUCAGCUACUGCCAGCAAGCACAGAAAAUCCAAGGCACCAAGUGAAUGCAAUCACCACUAGAAGUGGAUUAGCUUUGAAGGACCCCCCUUUCCCUUCGAAUGAUCCAGUGCUUGAGAAAGCUGAUAAGAAGGAUGAGGGUGUUCAGGUUGAGGAUAUUCUUGAUAAUAGUGAGGAAGAGCAUGUGGUGCAAGGAGAUAGUGUUAAGGAGAAAGCUCCUGAGCAGGAUGAGAGUGCUCCAAGUAAGAAGCAUGAAAGGAAGAACAAGAAGGUAGAUGACUCGGUUAUACCUUACAACCUGUUACCAUAUCCACAGAGGUUGUGGAAAUCAAAGGAGUCUGAUAGAGAGAGCAAGUUCCAUAAGAUGUUAGAUAAGCUGGAGAUCUCCAUGCCUUUUGUUGAAGCAAUCACUCAGAUUCCAUUGUACAAGAAGUUUCUAAAGAACAUUUCAGGCAAUAAGAAAAAGCCAGAGAAGAGUGCGGUGGUGGAUCUGAACGAAGGAGCCUUGACCUGUGCAGUUUUUCAACAUAAACUACCUCCUAAGCUGAAAGAUCUAGGUAGUUUUUCCAUCCCUUGCAUCAUUGGUGGAUUUGUAGUUGGUGGUUCUCUAUGUGAUCUGGGUGCCAGUGUUAGUCUUAUGCCAUAUUCCUUAUGUAAGAGGCUCAACCUGGGAACACCAAAACCCACCUCCAUGACCUUACAGAUGGCGGAUCGCUCCAUAAAGCGUUCGGUGGGAGUUCUAGAGGAUGUCCCGGUCAUGAUUGAUCAGUACUUUAUACCGUGGGAUUUUGUUGUUAUGGAUAUAGAGGAGGAUGCCAAGGUUCCUAUUAUACUUGGUAGACCUUUUCUAGCUACUGCUGGUGCACUUAUUGAUGUGAGGAGAGGAAAACUAGUGAUGGAGGUCGCAGAGAACAAGAAUGAAUUUGACAUAUUCAAAAUGGUGAAGCACCAGCCCUCAUAUGUUGAUGAGUGUUACUUGAUAGAAGGGCUGGGUGAGGGCACUGCUGAGAGUAGAAAGAUUGAGUUAGGGGAUUUACAUGUUUCCCCUAUUGAUCCUGGACCCCCUGAACUGUCAAGUGUGCUGAAACAAAAGAAAAAGUUCUCUAGUUCUGGUGGUUUCUACAAAAGAUGGAUGAGGGAGCUGUCUAAGUUCAAAAGGCCACCGGAUCGCGUGGUCCACAAUCCCACCUGA